GGUUUCACGCUCCUUACGACGGCGUUUUAUUUUAGGGUUUAAGGCGGUCUUUCUUCUUCCUACAUAUGUUAGCAGACAGACAUCACAGAAAAACAGUCUCCUCCGUCAUUGUUUAGACGGUUCUCUCUUCUCUACCUUUGCUUCCGGUUCGGUUCUCAACACCGAUAAGCAAAGAUGGUGCAGUAUAAUUUCAAGAAGAUCACGGUCGUUCCCAAUGGCAAAGACUUCAUCGACAUCAUCCUCUCACGUACCCAGCGUCAGACCCCAACCGUAGUCCACAAGGGCUACAAGAUCAACCGUCUUCGUCAGUUCUACAUGAGGAAAGUCAAGUACACUCAGACCAACUUCCACGAGAAGCUCUCCGCAAUCAUCGAAGAGUUCCCCCGCCUCAAUCAGAUCCAUCCUUUCUACGGAGAUCUUCUCCACGUCCUCUACAACAAGGAUCACUACAAGCUCGCCCUAGGGCAAGUCAACACCGCCAGGAACUUGAUCAGCAAGAUUGCGAAAGAUUACGUGAAGCUGCUCAAGUAUGGUGAUUCUCUGUACCGGUGCAAGUGUCUGAAAGUGGCUGCUCUUGGUCGUAUGUGCACUGUUUUGAAGCGGAUCACUCCUAGUUUGGCUUACCUCGAGCAGAUCAGGCAGCACAUGGCGAGGCUUCCUUCUAUUGACCCCAACACUCGUACUGUUUUGAUUUGUGGGUAUCCUAACGUGGGGAAGAGUUCUUUCAUGAACAAAGUUACCAGAGCUGAUGUUGAUGUCCAGCCUUAUGCCUUCACCACGAAGUCUCUGUUCGUUGGUCAUACCGAUUACAAGUACUUGAGGUAUCAGGUCAUUGACACCCCUGGGAUUUUGGACAGGCCUUUUGAGGACAGGAACAUCAUCGAGAUGUGUAGUAUCACUGCCUUGGCGCAUCUUCGAGCUGCUGUUUUGUUCUUUCUGGACAUUUCGGGGUCGUGUGGUUACACAAUUGCUCAGCAGGCUGCGCUUUUCCACAGCAUUAAGUCUCUGUUUAUGAACAAGCCUUUGGUGAUUGUGUGCAACAAGACUGAUCUGAUGCCCAUGGAGAACAUAUCUGAAGAAGAUCGGAAACUGAUUGAAGAGAUGAAAGCUGAGGCUAUGAAGACUGCCAUGGGAGCGAGCGAGGAAGCGGUGCUGUUGAAGAUGAGUACACUGACGGAAGAGGGUGUGAUGUCUGUGAAGAACGCCGCCUGCGAGAGGCUGUUGGAUCAGAGGGUUGAGGCGAAGAUGAAAUCCAAGAAGAUCAAUGACCACUUGAACAGGUUCCAUGUGGCGUUGCCGAAGCCUCGUGAUAACAUGGAAAGACCCGCUUGUAUACCUCAGGUGGUUCUUGAGGCUAAAGCUGAGGAAGCUGCUGCUGAGAAGGAGAAGCGGAAGACGGAGAAAGAUUUGGAAGAGGAGAACGGUGGAGCUGGUGUUUAUUCUGCUAGUUUGAGGAAGCACUACAUCUUGCAUCAUGAAGAGUGGAAGGAUGACAUAAUGCCUGAGAUUCUCGACGGUCAUAACGUUGCUGACUUCAUUGAUCCAGAUGUUUUGUUGAGGGUUGAGGAGUUGGAACGUGAAGAAGAGAUGAGGCUGGCUAGCGCUGAAGAAGAUGAUUCCGAUAUGGACGGGGAAGAGCUCACGGAGGAGCAGAAGCAGCAGCUUGCCAAGAUUAGGAACAAGAAAGCUGUGCUCAUUCGAGAGCAUAGGCUCAAGAAGACCGUUGCGCAGAACAGAUCAACCGUUCCAAGGAAGUUUGACAAGGACAAGAAGUAUACAACUAAGAGAAUGGGUAGGGAACUAUCUUCUCUGGGGCUUGAUCCGUCUUCUGCAGUGGACCGUGCAAGGAGCAAGUCGAGAGGGAGGAAGAGGGAUCGAUCAGAAGAUGCAGCAGGUGACGACGCGAUGGAAGUGGAUGAUGAGCAACAGGCUAACAAGAAGCUGCGUGUGAGGUCAAGGUCGAGGUCUAUGUCGAUAGCGAGAUCACAGUCAAGGCCACCUCCACAUGAAGUUGUGCCUGGUGAAGGGUUCAAAGACUCUACUCAGAAGAAAGCGGCUCUUAAGAUUAGCAAUAGCUCUCACAAAAAGAGAGACAAGAAUGCAAGACGCGGUGAAGCUGAUAGAGUUAUCCCAACUCUGAGACCUAAGCACUUGUUCUCAGGGAAGAGAGGUAAAGGAAAGACGGAUAGGCGUUGAUGAUGAAGCCAGACAAGGAAAAACAGAUGCUGGAUCGAUUGAAGAAUAUCUCUCAAGUUUUGGAUUUUACUGCACCUUUUGUUUACUGUUAUUAUUAUGUUAUGCAGCUUUUGUGGUCUUACUACAGACAUAGUAGCUUCUUCUGCAAUCAAUGUGUUUCGAAGACUAAGAUUCGUUUAAGCAAACGUUGUAAUGCGUUUAUUAUUUUAAUUAAAAGUUUUAUAGUACU